CUCGCGACCACAUAUGGAAAUGCAAACUGCAAGGGGUAGUAGGCCUUGGAAAAGGCCUUCUAAGGUUAGCUUAGAAUGCAUUAAGCACGAUAGAUAAGGAGCAGGAAACUGCAACGAAUUUAAAUGGGAAUACCAAGUAUUAAAUACAACAUCAAAAUUUUAACUUGUUUAAAUUUUUAAAACUAGUACACCGCUGAAAUACACCCCGCUACGGAUAUGGGUCAUACCGGAAUCCGAUAAGGUUUGAUAAAGAAAUCUCCCCGAAGCGACGACAAAAUGAUAUUGUAGCAAGCUCACAGCUCAGUACCUCGAUUGUUUGUCAAGCUAAUAGGACGUACGAUCAAGAUGGCAGAUAUAGUAGAAUUCUCCGAACUGCAGCUAAGCGAGAGACUUGGCAGCUGGCGGGGACAGGAGAUUGCCGUAAAGUUGUUCGACUAUUUCAACAAGUUCGCAGAAAGGGAAAUCACCCAUUUGGCACGACUGAAGCACGAAAAUAUUGUCAAGGUUUACGGAACUUCGAGAGCCGGCAAUGACACCUACUUGCUAAUGGAGUAUGUGGAGGGCGGUUCCCUGCACGACUUCCUGCACGGCAAGGAUCAGAGGAAGUUCUCUGUGGAGGAGGCCAUCAACUGGGCGAUACAGUGUGCCAAGGGCCUGGCUUCUAUGCAUUCCAUGGAGCCGAAGACCCUAGUCCACCGCGACAUAAAACCACGAAACAUACUGCUGACCAAUAUGUUCAGAGAUUUGAAAAUCUGCGACUUUGGCACAGCGACAGAUUUUGCCACAUAUCUGUCCAAUAUGCGCGGAACUCCAGCCUAUAUGGCCCCAGAGGUUUAUCGCGCAAAGCAGUAUACGGAGAAGUGCGAUGUCUACAGCUUUGGCAUUAUGUUGUGGGAGAUAAUGGCCCGGAAGUUGCCUUUCAGCCAUUUGCCGAACCCUUCAAAUGGCUUCGCCGUCUUGGGAGCCGCAGAAAGGGGUAUUCGUCCUCCCAUAGACGACAUCCGACCCGACUGCUGGGAGGAAAUCAAGCAUUUGAUACAACGUUGCUGGCACAAGGAUCCCGCCCUCCGUCCCAGCAUGCAAUAGGUGGAAAAGUAUCUAGGCAUGUUGGGGGCCUCUGUUAACUAUAAGGAUUUCGUCCAUGUCUUGGACGAUGUCACCGUCCAGACUGGUCGGUGCGCUUCACGGGUCUAUGAGAAGUGCGAGCGGGGAACGCAGAGGAUGUGUGGUGCGGGAAAAAGGACGAGCUCCCGAAGAUGUGGCUAGAGCUGGCUAGAGCAGAGGAAGCAAAUACGGAAGCUAGGAUUAAGGAUCAACUAGCCAAAGAGGCGAAGCAGCUUCUGGAGAGGAAGGAGGCCCAGAGAAACAAGGAUCAACUAGCCAACGAGGUCAAAAGGACAUUCAAGAAACUUCGAUUCUAGACCAAAAUAUGAUUAUUAAUUCGUUAUGGUAAUGUGCGAUGAGCGGGGAAUUUAUUAAUAAAGCCGACUGCAUGCAGA